AUGAUACCUUGCUCUGAUGAUGUUCAUCAUAUGAGGGACGAAUGGAGAUUACCUCUUAAACAGCGUCAGCAUGAAUCUGCCAGUAAAGCCAAUCGACAGCUGGUCAAGAGGAAUCCGCCGUCGUCUUCUCGUGGAACCGACCUACGAAUCUCUUCACCCAACACUUUCACUCAAAACGGAAGCACCGGCGAGGUCAAUUUACUAAUACUCUCCAACCUCGAUAUGCACUCGAGUCACAGCAAAUAA